UGACAAAAAUGGACACUCAUUUGACCCCCUAAGGAAAUUUUAGCCGAUAUAUGAAAUUUUCCAAAUAAAAUGAUCAAAUUUGUGUUUUGUGUCCUUCAGUGUAAGAAGAAACACACUCUGGUGUGUCCAGACUUCACCAAGACGGGCGUGUGUCCACGAGGCGUUCGCUGUAAACUGCAGCAUCGACAUCCAUCCAAACGCAGCGCCGGCCCCGCCCCCGACGCCAGCGGUCCACCAAAGAGAACCCGGACCAAGGAGACCAGCAGGAGACCCCGUGUGUCGGUGGCGUCUCCUGUGCGUCUUCAGACCGACCCCCAAACGCCCCCUACUGGUCAUCUGGAGCUGCCGUCCUUCAUCUCCCUCUGCAGCUCUCCAGAGGAUGCCGACGCCCCCAACAUCGAACAGAGCCAGGAGGUCAAAGGAAAGUCUCUGCAGAUCAAGCCUCGUCUUUAGGACUCAGAAGACCAGCUGACCACUGACCUCAGGUUUGUCGGGGUCUGGACUCUCACUCAGGGCUCCACCGUGUUUACAACAGGUUCAUGUUUACUUUUGUAUAUUUGAGAAACAAAUAAAGUUUGAACAAAGACUGA